CGAAGUCCCCGGAUGGAAAGCGUAAUGGCCGCCAAUAGUGACUCGUCGGACUAUGGAGACGGGCAAGGUUUUUUUGAUACAUCUUCCUGUUGAAUUUGUCUUCUCAUCAGCCUUGCAUUUAUCCCCUUCAUCUGUUGGGAAAGAAAAACAUUACAGGCUACUGAAGAAUGGAAUUGUAGCCUUUCCUUAAAGAAUUACAGAUGAAUUAAUACAUGGGGAGGUAUACCUAGUUGGAAAAAACUGGCACUCUGGAAAUAUUUCAGCACAAGGACAAAAAGCACAGUAUACUAAAGGACAAAACAUAGUAUACUAAAAUAUUUUUUUAAAAAUGUCUUUUGAACAGGAACAAUCCUGUAACAUUGAAAAGACAAGUUUAUUAAAAUACAGUGUGCCGGAUGGAGUAUCCGAUCCAGUAUCAGAAACUGUUGCUGAAAAGUCUACAUCUCAGCCUGCAAUUUCAGACAUUCUUUCUUAUGGAUUAAAAAAUGUGAAAAUUGAGUUGCCCAGAGUAAAUAUCCCCAAUGAAGUGACAGUUAAACAUGAAAUUGACAGAUACAUGAAAUUAUUUGGAUGUAAAGAGAAACCCGCAACUACAUUUUUCAUACAAGAGGAUAUGAAUGGUAGCUAUCCACACUGUUCUGAGAUUUUUGCUCCACAAAGUAAACCAGAACUGCACUAUGAAGAGGGAUUGAAAACGUCUGCAAAAAUACUGAACUUUAGCUGUACAAAAUGCAGAAACAACAUUCGAUACAGCCCAAAUGAUCUACAGAAACAUUUUCAGCUGCUGCACCAUGGAGAGUUGCCAUCUUACCCCUGUGAAAUGUGUAAUUUUUCAGCUACUGAUUUUCAGUCAUUUAAUCAACACCGUCGGACGCAUCGUAGCACUUUAGUGAAAUGUGAAAUUUGUAAUGAUGAACAUAGAUAUACACUGCUGGAUUUGACAAAACAUUUCACAUCUAGGCAUUGUGUUAAUGGUCAUUUUCAGUGUGCAAGAUGUAGGUUUUCUACCCUGGAUGUAGGCACAUUUGUUCAGCAUAUUCACAGGCACAAUGAAAUACAGUAUAAAUGUGAUAAAUGUCUACAUGUAAGUUUCUCAAAAGAAGAGUUUCAGAAACAUGUUCUUUCACACACUGGCACGUUUCCCUUCAGUUGUCAGUAUUGUAAUUACAUGACAUCAAGGAAAACUUACCUUAUAAAGCAUAUUAUUGCUUUGCACAGAGACCACCUCUAUGCAAAAGAUAAAAUGGAUAUAGAUAACAGUGAAAAGAAGAUGGAGACUUCAGCAGGACUAAAACUUAUUUUGAAAAGGUACAAAACAGGUGCUUCAAGAAAGGCGCUGUGGAGACGCAAAAGAAUUACCAGUAGCAGUUGCAGAAUUGAAGAAGAGAGACAAGUUGUUGAAAAUGCAAAGAAAAUAGAGCCUAAAUCUGAAGAGAUAAGCCAAUCUGCAAAAGAAACGCAGCUAAAUGAAGACCACAUGUUUCAUGGUGAAAAGCAUAUCCACAAUGGAACAAAACCCCCUACGGCUCUACAGUACAAUAGAGCAGAAGAUGGAUUAUGUUCCGGACUUGGGUUGUUGACAAAAGCUGUUCAUGGUCCUACAGUGUUGAUGGUGAAAAAUAAUAAAAUAUCUGUUCCAGCAAACUACAGUGCUAAAUUUAUGGGAUUCAAAAUGGUGGAUGGAAAGCAACACAUAGUAAUAAAACUUCUUCCCACAGAUAAACCAAAUUUGGCAGCAGGAAAUAAAAUCGAUGGGGUUAAAAAUAGUUCAGCAGAAUGUCUACAGCAGUCACCCAACAACUUCAGUUUACUUUCUGGUGCUGGGUCUCAUGAAAAUAAUCAGAUGUCUACAAAUAAUUCUGUUCACUCAUUAACAUCUCCAUUAUCUAAUCAAUAUUCUAAUCAAUCUUCAGGAAAAAUAAAGCAAGAAAGUAACAGCUAUUUUAGUUGGAAUACAUCACAAGCUGUUGUACCUCCUGUUGUGGUGGUAGGAAAGUAUGCUACUCAUUUUCCAGUGAAGUCAGAUACUGCCACACUUGGUUCUUGUUUGAUGUCACAGACUGGAACUAAAGAUAAUGUCUCUUGGAAGAAUAAUAUACCUCAAGAUCAUCCUCAGGUAUUAUCUUCUGCUGGAACAAAUAUGCUCCAUUAUGAUCCCAUGAAAAAAACUUUUCCUUCAGAAUUCAAAAUAAUGAAUGGUGAAAUGAACAGUAACAGUAAACACAAUAAUGUUUAUUAUCCAACUGAUUUUUCUAAUCAAACAACAUUGCCUUUCCAUAAUUACUCUAAAAUAGGCAUUCUGGAUACAUCCAAGGAGCUUAUGCCCAACAAGACCUUUCCUGUCUUAAGGAGUUCUGUAGGUGAAACUACAGCAUGCUUUCCACAGUCUGCAGCAGGGAUAAAUUUAGAAAAAAGAUCUUCAGUGCUACCUAUUUAUGGCAAUGUAAAUACCAAGGAGUCUCCAGUAUUUUCAACCGGUCAGUCUAAACGUGCAAUUGAUGGACAGUGUUGUACAGAAAAUCAUCAUGAUGGCAAGCGAUAUUUGAAUACUAGGUUAAAUCAAGUAUUGGAACAUGUAGCUGAAAAAUCUAAACAAGACAAUGCUUCUAAUUGUGUUAAUUCAUUUAUGCCUAAAAUAACAUCAGUUUUUUCACUCCAGAGUAAUCAGGCAUCACAUUAUUUGUCGCCAGAAGUAAAUCAGUCAUUACAAGAUGUAUUAAAAAGAAAACCAACUAUUCACCCACAGAAGUAUAUAAAAACUGAUUAUGAGCAAUCACUUUCUAAUAGUUCAGGUUGUAAAACAUUUACACACUUCAAAGACCCAGCAGUUAUGUGCAGCUUAGCCCAUUCUGCUGCUACAUUCAAAAGAGACCUAAAUGCGAACUGCAGCACAACAAAUGAAAGUUUAUAUUUUAAGAAUGAAAGACGGGUCCCAAUAACAUCUCUUAGAACGCAAGAAAUACAUUCAACUCCAAGGACAACAGGAAUUGGUGGAUUACUUAAAACUCAGACAGAUACAAUCAUAACACAACAGUUGGCAAAAGAUAAAUUGCACUACACUAUCCAAGGCCGUAAUGCUACCCGUCCGUCACUUUCAGAACAGAAAAAAGCAGUACUGCUUCAGUCAUCUCCAUCAAGAUACUUUGUUCCUUUGCGUCUUGCUCACCAACAAGGAUUACAGGUUAUUUCAGGAAAACCUUCUCUGAACACAAGUUCAUCAAAUACUCAGGCAACAAGAACUACAUCUUUACUUUUAAACAAAGGACCUGGAAUGAUUUUGACAUUUGGUAGUGGAUCACUUGGAACAAUUUCAAAUGCCACUGAAAAUAAUUCUCAGGUUUUAAGUAAAUUUCCCUCUAAAGACUGUGCUAAAGAAGCAGUAUCUGCAUCAGAGAUGGAGUUGAGAAUAGGUAGUUCCAGAAGUAUAAAAAAUUCCCUUGGUGUUAGUGCAUGUAGUGGAGCAGUAAGUGCUUCUUCAGUGCCACAUAAGGAACCACUUAAUGUUACUAAUUCAGGUGACUGUCAUGAGAGUGGAAUUUCCUCUGUGAAAAUACUUACUGGUUUUCAAGAUAGUAAAGUUGACUCCUUGGAGUCAAGAAAACAACAGGAGAUUGGACAAGAACAACCUGUUUAUGCACUUUUGCCCAAUGGCAGACAAGCGGUUUUUCUGAAAUGUAUGUCGCCAAACAAAUCCCUAGUACAGAAUCCUAAUGUUUUUCAUGGUACUGCAUGUACUCAAAAUACUGAACCAAAGAAACCUGGAGCAAUGCAACAGAAGCUUUUUUUGAAAAUUAAGACCUUCCCUGCUGCAGAGAACUGUCAACCAGUUAGCAAUGUUGUGUCAUCUUUCAAUAAUAUGCAUUCCUUUAAUAGCCCUGCGCUAGAACAAAAAAAGACAGCCUUUUCUUCUAGCGAUGCCUUAAUCUCUCCAGGAAAAUUGAUGCCAGCAAAUGCCUGUUUUUCAAGCUGUAAAUCCAAGGAUCCUUUCACUUCUGUAGAAUCUGUACAUUCCUCCAAACAUGUGAAGACACGGUCACAAAAAUGUCCAUCUGACUCUGUGCAAACAUUAAUGACCAACAAAGGAAGUGGUUUUGGAAGCCAAAUGUCAGCAGGGACUAUGACACACAAAAUUUCAAAACCUAAGCGGCAUUCAAAGCAAAGUAACAUUAAGGUUUCUACAGUUGCAGCUUCACAGAAGAACAGGAAUUUGAAGCGGAAAGCUAAGGAUGAUCUUCAGGAACUUCCUAGAAAGAAAAUGUUGCAUCGAAAGUGUAAAGAAAAAAAUCAAAUGGAUAUCAGUGAAUUGGAAUCCUUGAUUCAGACUCCUUGUAGACAAAAAGCGUCAAAAGACACUGUGAGGAUUCUAAAAUUACUUCCUUUUAAUUCUAAACAACUUGUCAAAUGCCCCCGAAGAAAUCAACCAGUUGUAGUACUAAACCAUCCUGAUGCAGAUGUUCCAGAAGUUGUAAAUGUUAUGAAGACUAUUGCUAAAUUUAAAGGACAUGUGCUAAAGGUUUCUUUGUCAAAAAGAACUAUUGAUGCUCUUCUGGAACCAGCAUAUUAUAGUAACAGUUUGUACAUAAUCACUGAUGAUAUCCCCCGAAGAAAGCGCAGAAUGCUGAAACCUGUUAGUCCUGUAAAAGAGAGGUUUGUUUUAAAAUUAACUCUGAAGAAGACUAGCAAAAAUAAUUAUCAGAUUGUAAAAACUACCUCUGAUAAUACACUGAAAACUAAGUUUAGUUGCUGGUUUUGUGGGAGGAUAUUUGACAAUCAGGACAACUGGGUGGGGCAUGGGCAGCGUCAUCUAAUGGAAGCCACUCGAGACUGGAAUUCAUUAGGGUAAUUUAUUAUGAUUAGUGGAGAAGGCAAAACAAAGUUAAUCUAAUUACAAAUUUUGGAUGACAGCAGUGUACUAAAUACAUUUUUUAAAGAGCAAGUUUUGUGGUAGCACCUAAAAUGAACAUGUAUGAAUUUAAAUUAAAUAGUUGCAAUUGCAGUGUAAAUUGCAUUUUGUUACUACUAUCAUGUCAUAUAUUUUUAUUUAGAAAAUGAAUUUCAGGGCUUUUUGUUCUGUAUAUAUUUAAAAUCAAAAUGUGUACAUAUUUUUGUACUUCAGUUAUUUGCUAUAAAUCUUGCACAGGAAUUGUAUUUUUCCAGCUCUGUGCAUGCACUACUAAAAAGGUUUUUUCAGCUACACGCAGCUAUUGCUGUAUUUUCCCUUGAUCUUUAAAAACAAGAACAAUUUUUUUUCUUUUCCAGGGAUUGAACACUGUUGUUAGCAAGUGCCUAAAAGAUGUGAAGCAGUUUACUUUUGUGUCAACUGUAUACCCAUAGGUCCACAUAGGACCAGGGUUCCUAACAGUUUCUUUUUAACAAAGCCAUAUGUGAAUGCUUUAAGCUAUGCACAUGACACUUGUACUAUUUCUGUGCAGUUUGUCUACUUUCUUAGUGGAGUAUUUUUCAUAUAAAUCAAUAAACAUGUUAUUGUGUUUAAGCCUGA